AUACAAACACUUGUUUAUUGAUCGCUUUCCCCUCAAGAGUGGGUUAUUUGCUCCUGAGACUUGUUGCUUACGAUCGCUCACAGUCACUCGCAGUCUCCUCAAUCCUUUCACACCCUCCCUGUGUUGUCGUCUGUUGUUGAUCAACCCGAUGUAUAUCCAUUCCAUACACAAUGAGUUUCUCUGUGACAAUGUGAGAGUUGAGGUUGUUUACGAGGACAACCCGGUGUUUGCCGACGAGGAGGUCUCUGCCAUCAUUCGAUUUCGUCAUCUGGGCCCCAAAAGGGCUCCUGAGCCUAACAGACACACCGCGGAGGAGUCCCAACAUGCGGAGGAGAAGAGUACAGGAUGGGGCCAGAGGUUAUCGCUACAGCUCUCGAAUGCUGCUAGAUCGCUUUUCCUCGAGGACGUGGAUGAAAACGGAUCACUACACGAUGAAUCAGUCCAUAAUCCUGUAGAAUUGCUCACAGGUUACGUCCAGCUAUCCGGGUUCUUCACAUUUGAUCCCCAAGUAAUGGAUCAGGAAAAGAUGGAUCUUUUGAAGAAGAGUAGCACAGUCUCGGGCAAGAUUGGUGGAAUUGAUGGACUAGAACUCACAAGAACACCAAACGGUGGGCUGUUCGACAAAGUUUAUGGGCUCUUUAAUCAACCCAUAGAUGGGUUAUAUUCGCAGGAUGAAGGCCAAAAGAAAGAGUUAGAACAUAUGAUUCCGUUCUUUGCAACUCCAAAGUCCUUACUCUUUGGAGAAAUUGAACUACAGCCUUCAACUACACAAACUUUCUACUUCAAAUGCAGACUACCAAGAGUCUCAGCACCAACUUAUAGGGGGAAGGUUUUGAACAUCAACUACAGGCUAAUAGUUGGUGCCUCAUUUGAUAGAAGCCUGCCGGAACCUAAGAUCUUACAAUUCCCAUUAACAGUUGUACAGAAUUUCGAUUCAAAUGGUUAUCAGCCUGUUUGCUCGCUGGAUAGUUUCAUACUGUUACCAUCAGACAAGCUAUUUAGCGAACUGUUUGAGGCACAGUCACCAAACGGCAGAAGGUCCAGCUUCAAAACGAUCAAGAAUACAGUAUUAACACAACCAAAAGUGACACAGAGUGAUAAGAAGGAUAAGUUCUUGAAAAAGCUUUCUCAUAUGAUCGAGAACCCGGAUGAAGAAGUUGAAGAGUUCACCAUUGACGAAUUUCAAAAUUCAAACGUAAAGGAUAACAUAUCACAAUUCACAGAGGCAUUGAUAAUUAAGGGUGAGAUCGAUGAGGACAGACCACGUCUCAUAAAACAGCAUGGAAUGACGUUGGAGAACCAAAUUUUGAGAUUCCAGUCACAAUAUAUUAUCAAUUAUGAUGCCAGAUUGAUUGCAUCGUUGACAUUCUCUAAACCCAUUUACAAGAUUGGUGAAUGCAUCAGACUCGUUGUGGACCUUUCUUCACAGGAGUUCUGCACAACUGGGCUAUUCGUCUCUUUGGACUCUGUUGAAUCAAUUAGAGACCUUUACGUUGCAGAGGCACAGGAUUCGACCAGGUUUAUACCACAUUAUAAGGAGUCAUUCACCGUGAUGAAGUACGAUUCUCUAACCAUUGACAUUCCAAUCCCAUUGAAUGCAACAGCACAGUUUAGAACCUCCAUCUUUGAAAACAAGUGGAGUUUGGCUCUGAAGUUUAUCAUUACUAAAGAAGACCUACAGCAUUCCGUCCACUCGGACAACUCGGGUGAAUAUUUCUUUGCAAUGGAUUCAUUGGCUGGCUUUGAAUUCAACUGCAGACUACCAUUAGUUGUAUUACCUCCAGAUCAAGACUUUGGAGGAAUAUCUGUUUUAUAACACAUUUAGACUAAAUUAAAAGACCAGAUCAAAAACAGAAAGCCACUUGCGAUAUUAGCAUUCACUCAUUGGUUUUCUUACCCGUAUACCAACUCCAUAUACCCUUCGUAGUAGUUGGUUGGUUCUUUUUCUUGUCAUUAACGUUCUUUUCUGUUGAUGAUUCGUUUUCGUUAUGCUCCUGAUGCUCCUUUGAAGUUGCUGUUUUGAAACUCUUCUUGUACUCUUCGAAUCUCUUUGUAUUCUCAUUCUUAAAUAUUUGAAACUUUUCACUUAGAGUCUUGACUUCCUCAGAAUAAACGUGCU